AUGGCUGAAACAAGUGAACAUAUUCAUCCAAUUCUUGAUAUAAAUACAAAGAAUGUUAAUAUCGAAAUAGCAGCUCGUGAACCAUGGCCAACCAAUGCAUGUCUUUAUGUCCCACUGAAAGAACAAAUGGUUAUUUGGGCACCAAAUUGUUUAGCUACAUUAUGUCUAUUACGUAAAGUACGUGUUCCAUCUUUACAUAUUGAACAUGUUCGUAAUGCUGCUGAAAUGUCAAAUUAUGGUAUUCCACCAGUAUUAACAUUGAAUAAUCGUGUAUUUAGUGAAUUUGAUGAAAUAGCUAAUUUAAUUGAACUUAAAGGAUUACUUCCGUUAGAUAAUGGAGAAAACUCAAUGGCAGAUAGUUAUUCAAUAUUAUGUACUGAAACACUUGGAACUCUAAUGAAAUAUUUUUUGUUGUGUGAAAAAGCUGGAACGACUGUAUAUCAAUCAUUUAUAUCUGUUUAUCCUUGGCCUCUUGGUUUAAUUCUUUAUUUAAUCUAUCGAAAACAUACAAUUAAAAUUUUAAAAGUAAAAGAAAUUUGGUCUUUAACAUAUGAACAAGCUGUAAUGAAAUUUGAAACAACUGUUAAAGCUCUUUCGGAUAAAAUCCAACAAAAUAAUUCAACAUAUCUAUUUGGUGAUAAUUUUACAAAAGCUGAUGCUCAUCUUUAUGGUCAUUUAUAUUCUAUUCUUCAUACAAAAAUUACUGAACAUGAAGAUAUACGAAAUAUACUUCUUACAUUAAAACCAUUAGUUGAUUAUGUGAAUAAUAUCGAAAGGGAUGUACAUGGAUUAUCUCUUUUAGUCUCAUAA